UUUCGAUUCUCUCUAGAGCGAAUUCAAAUUUCCCGCCAUUUAGUACGUGAACGAUGGGCGCGCAGAAUUCGAAAAGACAAGACACCGACGAUGACAUAAUAUCAGAAAAAUCAUUGCAAUCUGUCAAGCAGACGAUUGAUUUCCUCAAGGAACACGCGAGGGAGGAAGGUCUAUUUCGUCGCGGCGGCCGCCGGGAUCUCAGGACGCGGAUCCUAAAUUCGCUGAAGAAGGGGGAGAAACCUCAUUUCGGCAACAACAACGCGGCCCUCGAGUGCGCCGCGGCGUUGCAGCUCUUCCUGGGCCAUUUGAAGAAACCAGUGAUGCCUCAGCACGUCCAAGAGCUCCUCUUAGCUGACAAUCCAGGCGUGACCGCCCACGUGAUCGCGAGGGACGCCCUGGGAUUAAUACGGCAGGACGUCGGGGGCCGUCACGGGGAGCUGCUAGCCGAGCUUCUUGAUUUACUGAGACACUUGACUCUUUCCGGGCCGCCAUCCGAGAGAUCUGAGCUGCGCGGCUCGCCGCUUCCGAUAGCGCUGCUGCCAGUCUUUUUCACUUUAACGCCGGCUGACCUGGUGAAAUGGAAGCAAGUAGCGACCAGAUUCAGCGAAUUAAUUACCGAAGCGCCUGACCAACUGCAGCUGAAUGAAAAUCGAUCGCAGAGGAUGGAAUCAGCGGCCGAAAACUUAAGGAACCGGAACGGCGAGCUAGCGGUCUGA